AUGGAGAAUCUUCCCACUGAUAUCUUAGAAAACAUACUUUUCCAAUUACCUGUUCCUGUAAUGUUACAGGACAGACGGGUAUGCACAGCUUGGGAAGCUCUCCUCCGCAAUUAUAAAUUUGACAAGCCGGGUUAUCUUUUUUCUCUUGGGUUUGAUGAUGAUGAUGAGCAUGGACAACUUUUCUACGGAGAACCAUAUGAUGAUCAUGUCAACAAGAAUUACUACGACACUUUUGCAAGGAUGGAACCUCACAGAUUCACUAUGAAAAACCUAGACAAGGAUUUCCCGGUUGGGUCUUGCAAUGGUUUGUUAUCAUCAUCAAGUAGCAAGUGUUUUGGUUAUUGCCAUUCAACUAAAGAGUACAAGGUGGUUACGAUAUAUAAGCAGCAGGAUGAUGAUGGACAUGUCCAAGUAUAUACUGUUGGAUCAGGAAAGUGGAAGUACAUAACAUCUAUCCCUGCUUGUGAGUCGUCAAUUCAAGGUUCAUCAGGCGUCUAUGCCAAUGGAGCUCUUCACCGGUUGCAUUAUUCACCAAAACUUGAGGUCUUGGCCAUCAGUUUGAAAGAUAAUAAGUCUUAUUCCAUCCCAUUCCCAAAAGAUGCGAACCAUUGUCGCGGUUAUAUAAGUUUCAAGUUGCUUGGAGAGCGGAAUAUAGAGCUGUCAAACAAGCCAAAACCCGCGGAUUAA